GUAGUUAGAUAUAACUCAUGGAUACAAUUGCUGCGAUGUCGGACUCUUUGCCUGUUCAGAACGGAGCCAUGUUGUCACCCAAAAAAGACUCGUUUGCUAAUUUCUACUACAAAACUGACGGAAAACUUGUCGUUAGUCUGCAAACUGACAGUAUUGAAAAUGGAAAUGGGGAUAAGUUGCAGGAGCAGAUCACUUUGCACGUGGAGGUUUGCACCAAGGGAAACGUUAUUGUCAAUCACGGCCAGGAGCUGAAAGACAGAGUGCACAAACAUCUGUCGAUGUUGGCUUAUGAUGAUUAUAUUUAUAUUUUGACCAAGCUUGCGAAAGGACUGAGCACUGACGUCCCUUUUGACGACGACGAAUACCUCUCAGCAACUGUCGACUUCAUCAAAGUGCAGGAUGAAUCAGCAACUAACAAAAUUUCACAUCACAACAACAACAACCACUCAGAAGCUUCGAUUCGAACUAUAGCCGGGAUCACAGCGGGUGUUUUGGAGAUCAGUUUGCAUAUGUUUUCACUGUCGCUAGACACACCUGGAGUUGAAGAGUUAAGUAUAGGUGGAGAUGAGCAAUCAGCAUCGGCGGCACAGAUCUGGAUGUUGCCGCAUGUGCAGUUCAAGACCCUGUGGGAUUCGCUUUUCUAUGAGGAUGAUCUGAAAUGGAGACUGGUUAGAUAUGUGGAGACGAUGUUGUUGCUGUCUGACCUGAAUAUUGACCAGAAUAUUGUAACUUAUAACCGGAUUGUGCUGCUACAUGGUCCUCCAGGAACUGGCAAAACUAGUCUGUGUCAUGCUCUGGCACAGCGUCUCUCUGUGCGAUUGGAUGCGAGGUACAGAUAUUGUCAGCUAGUGGAAAUCAACUCCCACAGUCUCUUCUCAAGAUGGUUCUCUGAGAGUGGUAAACUAGUCAUGGCCAUGUUUGACAAGAUCAGAGAGCUGUAUUCGGACCCGGAGGCACUGGUGUUUAUACUCAUUGAUGAAGUGGAGAGUCUAGCGGCGUCCAGAAAAACUCAAGGAAGCGAGCCAUCUGACGCAAUACGUGUGGUUAAUGCUAUGCUAACCCAGCUGGACCAGCUGAAAACACAACCUAACGUGGUUGUCCUCACAACCAGCAAUCUCUCAGGCAGAGUCGAUCUGGCAUUCGUAGACAGGGCAGAUAUCAAGCAACACGUGGGACACCCAUCUUCAUAUGCAAUAUACAAGAUUAUGAGCUCAUGCAUUACCGAGUUGAUGCAGGUUAAACUCAUAGCACCGCAACAUGACCUUUGCGAACUACCAGUAUCCGAACGUGAGUUGGAGUCUGACGCCUUGAGUAAACGACUUUUGCAGCUAUGCAGUCCUGUUGAUAUUACUUGCAACGAGCAAACUAAAUCGCGAAAAGCAGAAUUAAAGACUUUGCAUGGUUUGAGUGGGAGAACGCUGAGAAAACUACCUUUUCUGACCAUAGCAGAGCAUGCUAACAGAACGGAUGUGAAUAGGUCAAUGACCUUAAAUGAGUUCCUAGAUGCUUUGGAAAGAACUUUGUUUGAUUACAGAAAUCAGAUGGCGUGGAUGGACGAGUGAAAUGACCGAAUUGUUUGAUUCUAGUUUGAAUUCUGUGUUUAAUUUUGAUUGGUUUUGUUUUCGUUAAUUCAGUUUUCUGACUUUUU